GGAGGACAUGGCAGAGGGUUGGUGUGACAGAGGAGAAUGCUAGGGACAGAGAGGAAGCAGAUGUUCAACUGUGGUGACACCUACAGGGAGCAGCCGGAAGAAGAAAAUAAAAUAUGAGAAGAAAACUGAAUCCUCUAUCAAUUAUGAAUAUUAAACUUAACUUAUUUCAACUGUUUGUUGCCAAAAGAAUGACUGAAUAAUUGGCAAAACUGUCCAAUUAUUUAUCAGUAAAGAACACAGCAAUUAGUUUCAGUGCCAAAAUGUUUAUGAGGUAAAAAGCAGAUUUUGUGCUAAGAGGUUUAGGCCUUCCCCCAAAUAAAAUGACCAUAAUUAUAAAAUAAACAAACAAACAAACAAUAGUUUAAGCAGUUGGAUUUAUAUAUUUGUGCAUAAAAUAGAUUUUUGAUGCGCAAAUUCACCGCACAAUGCAUUUAUAGCCAACGCUGUAAAGGACAAUUAUGUCUACUGUAAUAUGUAGUAGUAAUACUGUGUAUAGUAUGGAUGCUAAUUAGUAUAGAACCAGCAAAAAAUACAGUACAAUGGAAACGUCUUGAGCAACCUAUCAUUUAUUUAUAUUUUUUGCCAGAAAAAAUUGAAAGUAGAUGCAGGGAUUUAUUGAAACAUGUGCAAACAUAGCAAGAAAGUACUGUUGCCUCACAGCAAGGUCCUGAGUUCAAAUCGACCAUCUGGCCGGGGCUUUUCAGUGUGCAGUUUGAUGUUCUCCCACAGUCCAGAGACAUGCAGUCAGUGGGGUUAGAUCUACAUGAAGAAGAGGCCACUGAAAACUUCUCAGCUGCAGAAUGGGGGAGUCAUCCCAAUGGUAUGUUCAAGGUGUCCAUAUGCAGCAGUGACAAGAAGAGCGUCAAGAGGAAGAGCAAAGAAAAGAUGAGGGGGGAGUUGCCACCUUCAACCCUUUUUCUGCAGACUAACCACACAGUACAGCAUCUGUGUGUGAACUCAACAGGUAUGGAAACUGGGAUAUCCAUAAAGUCAGAUAUGGAUGAAAGCCAGGCUAUUGAUCUCUCUCAGGCGUCAGUGCUUCUGAAUAUGACAAUGAAGCCAAUAAAAAAUGAGAGCACAGAGGUCAGGUGUGACAGUCGUGAUGAAUACGCACAUCAGCAGCCAUCCCCGGAGCCCAGGCAUGAGUACGGUGGUGAUGAAGGCGAUGUUAAAGUCACCAUUGUUUCAGAUCAAUACAUGCAGGACGGUCAGUUCAUAAAGACUGAGGAAGAGGAGCAGAAUGGGGACAGUUUCCACCAGCAUGAACUGAAGUAUGCGUCAAAAAAUUACCCAGAAGCAGAGGGGGAUUCAGCGGUGGGGACGAGGCAUGUGUCUGAGCCAGAAGCAGUGACCCCUAAAGGAGACGAUUUACCUGCUGUUCCUGUAGAGGAGUUUUUAGAAGUUUGUGACAACUUUUUGCGUUGUCCCACCUGUCCCAAAACGUUUAGUCGAGCGACCUCGCUCAACAUUCACAUCAAGACCCACAGCGGCGAGAAGGCUCACAGCUGCAGCUACUGCGGAAAAUGCUUCAGCCGGGCCGACCUCCUCAAAGCCCACAAGCGCACUCACACGGGAGAAAGACCCUACAGCUGCAAUCUGUGCAGUAAAACCUACGCUCACCCCAGCCAGCUCCGGAUACACAAACGCAGCCACACCGGAGAGAAGCCAUAUUGUUGUUCGCAUUGCGGGAAACGCUUCAACGAACACAACCAGCUGAAAGUCCACCUGCGGACCCACACCGGGGAGAGGCCAUACGGCUGCCAGGAGUGUGGCAAAACAUUCAGCAACGCGGGAAACCUGCGCAUCCAUGAGCGGAUCCACACCGGUGAGAAGCCGUAUUGCUGCGCCCAGUGUGGUAAGAGGUUCAAUGGCCUGGGUGACCUGAAAACACAUUACAGGAUCCACACUGGAGAGAGGCCGUACAGCUGCGAGCUGUGCAAGAAGACCUUCAGCCAGGCGGGCCACCUCACCAUCCACAUGCGGAUGCACACGGGGGAAAGACCGUACAGCUGCAACGAGUGCGGCAAGAAGUUUACAGUGGCCAGCAGCCUUAAAUUGCACCAGAGGACUCACACGGGCGAGAAGGAGUACAGCUGCUCAUACUGUAGCAAGAACUUUAGCAGGUCCGGUCACCUGAAGAGACAUGAGCUAGUCCACACCAAGGAGAAGAUCUUCCUCUGUAGUCAGUGCGGGAAGACCUACACUGACCAGUCCUCCCUGAAGAAGCACCUGAAGAUGCACGUAACAAAAGAGCAGGAGGCUCAGAGUGAAGGAGACACGUGUCGGGCUGAAAGGAACUCGGACCGACCCGCAGCCUCAGAGAUGCUUUCAGACACCCUUAGAAAUUAAAACUGUAGGAGGUGAGUCAUUUAAAAACUGACAAUGAGUGCUGUAUGUGACUGUAGUCAAUGCGAUAAUGGUACACUUACAAGCUUUUUUAGGGCUUUUUAAGCACAUCUAGCUGCCUACUUCUGCAGACGGAGUUUGAAUGUACUACAUGUAAAUGAGGUGCAUGAGCUGUCACCUUUUAUAUCUCAGCUUAGGGGGAAUUCCAGUGAAAGGAUGUGAGACAAGACGCUGAGUAAGUGGCGGAUUUCUAACUUGAUCAGAAAGCAGAAAAAAAACUUGCAUUUACAUAAGCAACAGAGCCAGUUGUGACUUCAGGUGCCAAAGUCGUCUAGAGCCACUAAGCACAAACUCCUAAUGUAAAUGCUGUACUGCUAGUGUCUCAUAAAUUCUCCAUCUAUUGAAAAAACAAAAUCCAGUUCAGGGUUGCAAGGGCGCUGGUCACGACUCCAUCACUUGGCUUAUCAUAAUUUAAAAACUUAAAAUGUAAUAGAAAAUAAAAGCCAAACUAUCCGGCCUGCAGAUUUGAACACACCGCCCUCUCUAGGAUCAUAUAUGUUGACCAUAUAUGAAUGCUUAUAAAACAAUAAUAUUGUUACAUUGUCAUAAUAUGGUUGUAAUAAAGGAAAAAAUGUGCAUAUAAUAAUCUUAUAGUAUUUCUUACUGGUGCUUGUCACAUAAAUAUAAAGAUUUUAGAUGGUCUUUAAAAACUACAAACAUUCUUAGUGUCGUUGCACUGAGGGAUCUUCCAGGAUUGUUGAUCCAGUUUUCCAGAGAGUUGAUUGGUCAGUGGAGUUUGAUCUGAAAGAUUAUUCCCUCUGGAGUUACCGUAGUGAUAAACCCCCAGUGAUAUACCCCCAUUAACCACGUGUUUCAGCAUGAACCCCGUUAAUGCUAAAACACAGGGUUAAUCCUGAAGUUACCUUGAUAAGCCCAAGUCCUGCUUCAUUGUAUGAACCUCUAAAGCCUCAUCUGCAGAAAAAAAAUCUAUCAUAUAAUUCUGGCAUGAAAACAACAGACUGAAGGUUUCUUCACAGUACUGCAGUACUGUGAGCUGUGGUUAAAAGCUCUAAAAAGCCUGUAAGUGGAACUGAAGUUAACAUUAAUUUGUGCAACUACUGAUACUGGUGUGUGUGUGUGUGUGCGUGUGUGCGUGCAUGUGUGUGUGUGUGUGUGCGUGUGUGCGUGUGCGUGUGUGUGUGUGUGUUUCAGUGCAAUACACUGUUGUCCAGUCUGUGCUGUAUUAAUGUAUUGUCAAUGGAAGAAAAUCUGUUUCCUUUGUAGCCCUGUCUGUCAUAACACACUGUUUUUUUUUAAUGUACCUCUAUGUUACCAUUAUGGUGACUUGUUUUUAAAAAUGCUUUACUUUGAAAGACAAAUUAUUGACUUUGUUUAAGACACUAAGUCGUUGCUACAAGAUUAACUUCAACAGUGGCUCUGUCUAAAAUUUUUAAUUUAACCAGAAUAACACUAUAAUUAUGUCACUCACAGGCACAUUCACUUAAUAAUAAGCAGCGUGGUCAAAUUAGAUUAAUUUAAUGCUGUAUAUAGCUUUAACUAUAGAGUUAGCACAUGAUCCUUUGACCUGAGAGGAAUGUAUCUGUGUAAUAACGUCACUAAAAGAAUGUUUCUAUAAAUAUUGUAACUGUUUUGUAAGUCAUGCUGAUCUUAGAGGAUUAGCUUAGGCUUGCUAACAGUUACAUUACGGCUGGGUAAAAGCCCAUCUUCAUGAUUGUUGUGGGACCUGCUUGUUGUAUAUCAGUUUAUAUGAACAGAUUUGUCCGCCUGUGUGCUACUUAAAGCCUGUUUGUGUAAUCUGUGUCUAAAUUAAAGAGAUGCAUUAACGAAAA